GAGCAGAGUUCCACAGACCGAGCAAACUAUUUUCUGACAGGCACUGAAUCCUUUACUGAAGAGCACAAGUUUCAAGUUUUACCCUCAGGCUGUUACGCAUUAUGGACGACAAGAGCACUGGCUACAGUACUCCUUGAGGUCAAGAGAGGGGUCAACAACUUUCGCAGUUAACAACAAGCCAGGCAGCAGCAUUGAUGACACGGAAAUAUGAUGAAUAUGGGUCAUUCUAGAAGCGGAAUCUCAAUCCUGACAUUUACGUUAUUCAUUAUGCUUCUAACAACAGAUGGGGCGACCUCCACGAGUAGUUUCUCUGGUGACGUCAAGGUAGAAUCUUUAGAGGAUCAAGAAGAUCACUUCCUUAACCAGAAGGAGGUAACGGAGGUGAACAAACGAGCCAUCCCGUUCCUUCCAAUGAGAGGCCGAAGGGAAUACAAAGAGAAACAAAUCAGUCUAGAAGGAAACAAAAGAGCUUCGGGAUUUUUUGGUAUGCGGGGUAAAAAGGAAGAAACAAGUGAAGGAAAUAGAGCCAUCACUUCCUUUGGAUUUCAAGGGAAAAGGGAUUACGUUGAUGAUAAAAGGGGAAGUUCUUUCUUUGGAAUGAGAGGUAAAAAAACCAACAUGGAAGACGAAGGAGGAAUAUCGUUUACUGGAAAUAAAAAUGGGGAAAUAAAUCAGACACCAAAUUUCAGGAAAUUUCCAACAAAUAAUGAUUUUCAUUACACUAUUGGUCAAGGCAAACAAGACGAUAUAGAAAGUUACAUCAGUAAACUGAAAGAGGAUUACUUAAGAAAUGGGGCAGCCAGUAGCGACUCUUAUUUACCUGAAACGUUGGAGAUUGAGAACAAACGAAGUGGUACGUUCUUUGGGAUGAGAGGGAAAAGGAAUGCCAAAAUAGUUCAGAAAACAACUAAAGAGGUACGAAAAGUUCCAGGGUUAACGAGGGAAGUAGUUUUUUGCUUCUCGAGGAUAAAACAUCGAUGAAGAAGAACUCUACGUUUAUUAAAAUUGAGCACAGAAUAUUAUGUUCUAACACAUCUCAAAAUUGUCAACAUAUCCAAGACAU